AACUUGAUUCCAAAUUUUUUUUAUAAGAAAAAGUUUCUUCAUAAGUAUCAUAAUUAGUAAAGCAACUACAGAACAAAUCAAAAAUCUGUCAAGUGAAGUGGAUGCCGAAGAAAGUUUAUGAUCCUUGUAAGGUCAGUGCUUGCAGAAUACAAACUUGUUUGAAAGAUAACCAGUAUAAAGAAGAGAAGUGUUACGAGGUUCUUGAGGCUAUGCGCCAAUGUUGCAUUAAGUGGAAAUCAUCAAGUCUUUGCUGUGACGGAAUAGAUAUUAAUAAAUCGUAUGAAAUAACCAUCAAAGAAAAGAAAACAAGUGAAAAUUCAAAGUAAUUAUGAAAAUUGACUACAAAAAUCAAAAACCAAGCUUUCAACUUCCAAAAAGAUCGUGGGUUCAAACAAAUCCCCGACGUUUCAUCAUUACAUCAACGUCACUUGCUUUACUUGUGUUUUUCUCAAAACCGCUGUACGACGCAUUCAUUGCUGACGAUUCAAAAGUCCCAAGACCAAGUCAUCCAGGUGCAAGAUAAAUAACGGAAUGGAGUCAGUUCGUAAAGCAAAAGAUCGUCUCAGCAAAUAUCCAAUAUUGAUAGCAAAGUGUUCGAUAAGCGCCGCGAAAUAUUCGCAGUGCGUAACUCGUGACUUAGACAUUAAAAAGCAUUCGUGCGAUAAAGAGUUUCAAGAGUUUAAAAAGUGUCUCAUUGAGCAGGCAAAAGCAAUGAAAACACGUUUGUGAAUAGAGAAUUUUUAGUGAUUUUUAUACUAAACAUAACAGAAGAAAAUCGUCAUAAACUUUUUUUCCUGAUAAAAAAAUAGAAAAUUACAAAAUUGCACAAUGUCGAGUUUAAAGAAACAUUUGCUAUACAGCAUCGUAAUUCGGUUGUUGCUGAUAGCUUAUGGUGAAGUUCAAGAUCAAAUAUCAGAAGUUCCAUAUACAGAUAUUGAUUAUCGCGUUGUAACUGAUGGAGCUCGUCACAUUUACAAUGGAAGAUCGCCUUUUAACAGGCACACUUAUCGUUACACACCACUUUUAGCAAUUUUUCUCUUACCUAAUAUUUACCUUCAUCGCUGCUUCGGAAAGAUUCUUUUUGCUGCUUUUGAUCUAGUCAUAGCUGUUAUAAUUAAAUUAAUUAUCGUUGAUGAAUAUCAUCUGCUUGUCAGUGCACAAUCAAACGACGAUAUCAAAGCAAAAAUGGAGAAAAAGUUUUCAUCGUCAAACGGUAAUGGAGCAAGUAAAAUUAAAGCUCGCUUAUCAUUUGUGUCGAAGAAGGAAACAGCAACUAAAUGGUUCUCAACAUCAGAUCGAAUGAAAUUUGAGAGAAUGGGAAAUUUUGCUGCUUAUGUUUGGUUGUACAAUCCAUUGACGAUGGUCAUAGCAACGAGAGGAAAUGGCGAUGCAAUUACUUGUGCACUUGUUCUUUUGUCGAUUUAUUAUCUGCUGAAAGUGCAAGAAAAUGCCGGCAAUGAGAAAAGAAACGAAAAGAAUGUGAUAAUGUGUGGAAUUCUUCAUGGUCUGGCAAUUCACUUUCGAUUGUAUCCAAUCUUCUUCAGUCUUGCUUAUUACAUGUAUUUGUCGGACAUCAAGAACAACAUCGACGGAAUUUCGUCACUUUUCAAAUGCUUUCUACAGCCAAAUCGAAAGCAAGUUCUUCUCAUUGUAAGUGUCUUAAAGAUGUUGAUCUUCACAACCGGCGUUUUUUAUCUUCUCUACAAUUACGAGUUUCUCUACGAGUCAAUAAUCUACCAUUUCGUCAGAAAAGAUACAAGACACAACUUCUCUCUUUACUUCUAUUUGCAAUACUUGAAUUCAGCUUCAUUACGCGUCAAUAUCAUAGAAAAACUUCUCACAAUCAUGCCUCAAUUAGUUCUCAUCAUUCUGAUCAGUUUUCACUUCUGUCGAACGCGACAAACAAUUCAAUUUGCUUUACUUUUAAUCUCAUUCAUCAUGGUGACUUACAAUACUGUCAUCACGUCGCAAUAUUUUGUUUGGUUUCUGUCACUCUUACCAUUGACAGUUAACAACUUCAGAAACUUGACAUUACGACAAGUCAUUGCUAUGCCAUCGUUAUGGUUCAUCGGUCAAGGAUUGUGGUUACUUGCAGCAUUUUUCUUAGAAUUCAAAGGAAUUAACAGUUUCGACUUCAUCUGGUUGGCAAGUGUCAUCUUCUUUAUCAUUAAUGUAGUCAUUGUGCAAAUUUUAAUUGAAAAUUAUGAUGAUUCAAGUGUGAGAUUGAAAUAGAAAAUAAAAAGAAAACAAAAUUUAG